CACCAAAAACGUUGAAAAUGCCUGCUUGGACGAAAAAAGAAGAUGAAUUAUUUAUUAAACUUAGAAAAGAUAACCCUGACACUCCAAUGAGGGAGUUUUUAAGCUUCUUCAAAGGAAGAACUCUAAAUUCCCUCAAGAUGAGAUGGCUUAAAAUAAAUCCUACUUACAUCAGAGGCCGAUGGUCGGAUACAGAGAAAGAAACCCUUUUUGAACAAAUAUUUGAUCUCGUGAAUGAUAAUAUUGAUAAAUUAUCUCUAAAACUAGAGGAAAGGCGUCAAAAAUCGGAUGUCAUAAAAGAAGCCCACAAACUUAAACAAUCAGCUGCCCAAGGAUAUCUUGGUCCGGACUACAAAAUUAAAGCAGAAAAGUAUAAACCACCUCUGAAGAAGAUAAGCUGUAAAAGAGAAAGCAAAGCGAGAGUUAAGCAAGAGGUCAAUAAAAAGGAAAUACAGGACUGUCUUGAUAUAAUAGGUGACAUUCAAAAGAAGCAUAAAAGGAAAAGACUAGGUCUUGUUAAAGAUGAGACCGAGGAAGAUUUACAAACUCAAAGCUGUCUAUCAGAAACUUUAGAAAGCACAGAGAAUAGAAACAAGAGCUACGGUAUUGAGAAGUUUAACGAUUUACCACCCGAUCUUCCCCGGAAAGAGUUCCUUGAGCGUACGUGUCCUUUAUAUCCAGUUAUUAAGGAAAAAUGGACUGACCAAGAUGAUUAUGACCUCCUUGAAGCUUAUGACGAUGUUGGACCAGACUUGAAUAAUGUACUUCAGUGAGUGGAGCUUGAAAAUGUAGAGCAAGUUAAACAACGCUUGUGUAGUUUACUCCGUUGGGGAGCUUAUAGUUCUCAGUCUCAAAUUCUUCCUAAAGCCCCUUUAAAGUCAAGAAAAGAUGCAAUUAAAAGCUGAGUAAUUACCAUAUUACAUGAAAUAACUCAAGAGAAGGAUAAAGGUAAAGGGCUUACUAGUAAAGUAAAGUUCGAAUGUGGAGCAAACAUAUCAGAUACAGAUGACUCAGGAGGGUCAGAAUUUUCUUAUUAACAAAACUUAAUUCAUCAAUAA